AUGGAGAUAAUUCCAGGUUUACCAGAUGAGAUUGGAAGAGAAUGUUUAAUUCGUAUUCCAUUCGAUCAAUUCUCUACAGUUUCAUCUGUUUCAAGAUCAUGGAAAAAAGAAAUCCAAUCAAAAGAAUUUUAUCACCAAAGGAAAAACAAUGGAUUCAAUCAGAGUUUACUUGCUCUGAUUCAAUCUGAUCCAAUCAGUAUCAGUUCAAUCAAACCUCCUAAAACUCUCAUUAUACCAGCUCACCGACUGAGCCUAUACGAACCAGGUAAGAAUGAAUGGCAUAAGUUACCUCCUAUUCCCGGUUAUGAAGAUGGAUUACCUCUGUUUUGUAAAUGCACCGGAGUUGGUCGGAAUUUGGUUGUCGUCGGAGGUUGGGAUACGAAAACUUAUCGAGUUUUGAAUUCUGUCUUUAUUUACGAUCUUGUCACUUGUACGUGGCGACGCGGUGCUGAUGUUCCUGGUGGUGAGAGGUCUUUCUUCGCUUGUGCAUCAGAUUUUGAUCGUGUGGUUUAUAUUGCCGGUGGACAUGAUGCUGGAAAAACCGCCUUGAGAUCUGCUCUUGCUUAUGAUGUGGUGGAUAAUACGUGGAUUUCACUUCCUGACCUGGCGAAACAAAGAGAUGAGUGUAAGGGUUUGUUCCACCAUGGCAAGUUCCACGUCAUCAGUGGAUACCAGACGGAUAUGCAAGGAAAAUUUGAUAAAUCAUCCGAAACUUUUGAUGUUGAUACUUGGAAGUGGGAUCAGGUUGAAGAGCAAAAAUUAGAGGCCGAAAUGUGUCCGAGAACAUAUGUGUUUGAUUACGAGGGGAAAAUGUACAACUGCGUUUCAUCUUCUUUGACGCGUUUGGACGGUUCGACGUGGCAGCGGUUAACGGAGCUUCCUGAUGAUGUCCGUGCUGAAACAUUUGUUGCGAUGUGGCGAAGGAAGUUGUUGGUAAUUGGUUCUAGUAUUCAGGGUGGACCUCAGAGUUGUUAUGCGGUAGAGUUUGGAAAAUGCAACAAAAAAUCAGUGUGGACGAAGUUAGAGAUGCCAAAGGAAUUCACUGGCUUUGUACAGUCCGGAUGCAAUUUAGAGCUUUGA